GGUGGGGCCAGGCAGUACGGUCCGUGGACAUCCGUGACUCGCGUCUGAGGAGACCUGAAUCUCUAAAGAAGUUCUGACAGUCAGCAGAGGCUCGGAAUUUGAAUAUCAUUGGCAUUUCACUGUGGAAGGAAAAAGGAUUUUGAACAUUGAAGGAAAAAGCAUCAUUCGCACCGGGAAGAAACAUUCAUCAUCUGUGAAAGUCUGUGAAGAUUCAUCUGAAAUGUCCAAACACCAGUAUGAUCAUACUGGAGUGGGAGGAUGGAAAUGUGGGGAUUGCGGGAAGGGAUUUCUUUACCCAUCCCAGCUGGAAAAUCACCAACGCAGUCACACUGGGGAGAAGUCAUUCACUUGCUCUGAUUGUGGGAUGGGAUUCACUCAAUCAUCCAACCUGCGGAUCCACCAGCAGGUUCACACUGGGGAGAGACCAUUAACCUGUUCUGAAUGUGGGAAAGGAUUCACUCAUUCAUCUAAACUGCUGGAACACCAGCGUGUUCACACUGGAGAGAGACCAUUUAUCUGCUCUGUUUGUGGGAAAGCGUUUGCUCAGUCAUGCAACCUGCUAAUACACCAGCGAAUUCACAAGAGAGAGAGACCAUUCACCUGUUCUGAAUGUGGGAAAGGAUUCACUCACUCAUCUAAACUACUCGAACACCAACGGGUUCACAGUGGAGAGAGACCAUUCACCUGCUCUUAUUGUGGAAAAGGAUUUACUCACUCAUCUAAACUGCUGGAACAUCAGGGAGUUCACACUGAGGAGAGACCUUACACCUGUCCUGCCUGUGGUAAAGGAUUCACUCGGUCAUCCAGCCUGCAGAUACACCAGCGAGUUCACACUGGGGAAAGACCAUUCCUCUGCUCCCUGUGUGGGAAGGGAUUCACUCAGUCAUCCAAACUGCUGGAACACCAGCGGAUUCACACAGGAGAGAGACCAUUCACCUGCUCCAAUUGUGGGAAGGCAUUCGCUCAGUCGUCCAACCUGCUGCUACAUCAGCGAGUUCACACUGGGGAGAAGCCAUUCACCUGCUGCCAGUGUGGGAAGGGAUUCACCCAGUCAUCCAGCCUGCGGAUACACCAGCGAGUUCAUACUGGGGAAAAACCUUUCACUUGCUCUGACUGUGGGAAGGGAUUCACUUCAUCAUCCAGCCUGCUGAAACACCAGGGAGUUCACACCGGGGAGAGACCGUUCACCUGUUCUGAAUGUGGAAAAGCGUUUGUUCACUCAUCUAAAUUACUCGAACACCAGGGAGUUCAUACUGGGGAGAGACCAUUCACUUGUUCCGAAUGUGGGAAAGGAUUCACUCACUCAUCUAAACUGCUGGAGCACCAGCGAGUUCACACUGGGGAGAGACCAUUCACCUGCUCUGAAUGUGGAAAAGGAUUCAUUCGCUCAUCGAAUCUCCUGGAACACCAGCGAGUUCACACCGGGGAGAGACCAUUCAUUUGUUCUGAAUGUGGAAAAGGAUUCAUUCGCUCAUCUAAACUCCUGGAGCAUCAGCAAGUUCAUACCAGAGAGAAAUCAUUCACCUGUUCAGCUUGUGGGAAGGGAUUUACCCAAUCGUCAAACCUGCUGAGACACCAGCGGGUUCACACUGGAGAGAAACCAUUCACCUGCUCUGAUUGUGGGAAAGCAUUCACUCAGUCAACAAUCCUGCUAGUGCACCAGCGGAUUCACAGGAGAGAGAGACCAUUCACCUGCUCCCAUUGUGGGAAGGGAUUUACUCAGUCAUCCAACCUGCUGAGGCACCAGCGAGUUCACGCUGGGGAGAAGCAUUCACUCAGUUAGCUUACCUGUUGAUACAGCAGCCUGUUCACUCCAUGAAUAGAUUAUUCACAUGUUCCACAUGUUGGAAGGGAUUCACUGUCAUCCAAACUGUUAACAUACCAGUGAAAUGACACUGCGUGAAUCCUCUUCACCUGCUAUGCUAUGGAAAUGGCUUUGCUGUUUGCAAACACACCAGCAAAUUCACAAAGAACCACCAAAGAAUGAACCUUUGUCAUUGGGCGGUUGCAUUGAUGUUAUUAAACCCUACUCUAUUAAAGGUGUUCAUAUUGUAGAUAAAACAUUGAUACAGUUGUAUCAAUGCCUUUGGAAAUGAUCACAAUGUCACUGAACAUCAACAGAUUUACACUGGGUAAAGAUUGUCCAUCUGCAUAUUGUCUGUAAAGUGAUUUUAUGGUUCCUUGGGAUUGUUUAAAUAACAAUGAGUUCCCUAGUAACUCUGCAUUGGAUUUUGAAGUUACUGUUCUCGAUAUCCAAGCAGUGUUUUCUGGG